AAUCAACUCACAAUGCCUGCGAUGAGCACGAGGGCGAAAUCUACAGUACCCGUAGUCACGAACCCUCCUGAUCCAACCUCAAACGUAUCGAUCUACGAGAAAUGCAGACAAGAGAGGAUCAAGGAGAAUCUCCAGCGGAUGCAGAAUCUCGGCAUCGUGGAUCUCUCCCUCAAGCUCAAAUGGAUCCGACCCGCUAAGAGGCGCUACACCAAAGCUGCUGAUUCGAAUCCAGAUCUUAGAUCCUCCGCUCGAAACACAGUUCCUCCUCCUCCUCUUCAGCUCUCCGUCUCCACCAGACGAUCCUCAAGGUUGAAGAACGUAUCGCCAGUUACCUACUUCGAGGAAGCGGAAAAGAAGAAGGGUAAAGCAUCUAAAGAAGUGGUUUUGUGGAUCGGAGAAGGAGGCGAAAGGCCUGAGAUUUACACUGAUGAGCAUGAGAAGCUGCUGGGUAACACAGAGCGGACCUGGGCUUUUGUCGAUGGUUACGCCCCUGAUGGGAAACGGAUUUAUGAUCCUGUUAGAGGAAAGACUUGCCACCAAUGCAGGCAGAAGACGCUUGGUUAUCGUACCCAAUGCAGCAAGUGUCACCCGUCUGUCACAGGUCAAUUCUGUGGAGAUUGUUUGUACAUGAGGUAUGGAGAACAUGUGCUUGAAACUCUGGAGAAUCCGGAGUGGGUUUGUCCUGGCUGUCGCGGAAUCUGCAACUGCAGUCUCUGUCGUAAACGUAAAGGGUGGUUGCCGACUGGUACAGCUUACAAGAAGGUAUGUAAGCUAGGGUACAAGUCUGUUGCACAUUACCUGAUUCAAAACAACAAGCAGUCAGAAACAGAUGAGGACGAUGAUGAGACAGACGACACUCCUUCGCAAGCUUCUGCUAAGAGAUCGCUAUCUUUCAAAGAAGCAAAGGUGUCUUCAGAAGAUGAUGAUGAUGAUCUCAAUCUCCUCCAGAUCACCGAUGGGCUUGCGGUUCAGGAGACUCACAUUGACGAUGAUAAUGAAGGCACAGACAAGAAUCAGGAUUCAGCUAGAAAGUCAUUGAGUUUCUUGUCUGCUGAGGACAAUCAAACUUCAGUGAACGAGAUGGAUCCAGCAACUCCUUUGUUGAUGAUUGAUGUUAAGCCUUAUUCUGGAGACAAAGAGAAUGGAAAAACAAGAGGAGGCAAGAGGAAAAUGUCUGUUGAGCCAAACCCGAACAGUAUUGGUGGAAGACUGAGGCAGCGUCGUCAGAGUCAAGCUUGAAUGAAGAUAAAAAGUUCAUAUUAGAUAUGAAUGGAGAAACUCUCUCACUGUUCAAGGUCUUCAUGUUUCCUGCAUUUUAAGGCAUAUCUAAAUGUAAUAUCUUUCUUUACCUUUUCCAGACAGAGCAACCAUGGAUCAUGUAAUCUCUUUUCAAUGUUUUGUUUUUGUCUUAA